ACUCGCUCUGAUUGGUUGGCUGUGUAAUACGUGUCAGUAGCAAUAUAAACGAAAUCUGCGUUUAUAUCGAGUCUAAAGAAUCUGAUGGACAUGUAGCUUAUUAUAUAUCAAUUUAUUUAAAAAAGGGGAAUUCAAGAAACCCUCGGACACAAUGGAGAAUAUCCAGAAUCUCCCAAUUGACAUCCAAACCAGUAAACUUCUGGACUGGUUGGUGGAUAGAAGACACACUUCCCUGAAAUGGCAGAGUACAGCACUGACCAUCAGAGAGAAGAUUAAUGCUGCUAUCCAGGAUAUGCCUGAAAAUGAAGAGAUCAGACAGCUGCUCUCAGGCUCAUAUAUUCACUACUUCCACUGUCUGAGGAUAGUUGAAUUACUGAAAGGAACAGAAGCCUCUUCCAAAAAUAUAUUCGGCAGAUAUUCAUCACAAAGGAUGAAGGACUGGCAGGAAAUAAUAUCACUUUAUGAGAAAGACAAUGCUUAUCUAGCUGAACUGGCCAGUCUGUUGAGCCGCAAUGUGAGUUAUGAAGGUCCUGCUCUGAGGAAGCAAGUGGCUAAAGCCCAGCAGCUGCAGCAGGAGCUGAGCAGACGAGAGGUAGAGUGCCAGAGCGGAGCUGCAGACAUGAGGGACCACUAUUAUGCUGCCUGCAAGCAGUAUGGCAUUGCGGGGGAAAAUGUGGCAAGAGAGUUGCAGGCACUGGUAAAGGAUCUACCCACUGUCCUGGAGAAGACUGGCAAAGAGGCUGCCUGUCUGGAAGAAGCCAUACAGCUAUACACAGCUUUCACAAACUUUGUCUGUGACUGGUCUGAGCCUGUUCUACCUAUGUUGUCGUUCAUUCAACGGAAAGGAAACACAACAGUGUACGAAUGGAGGACAGGAAGUGCACCAACGGUUAUUGAAAGACCUGUGGUGGAGGAUCUGCCACCUGACACUGUCACAGAGGAAACAAUUGACUGGGGUAACUUAAGCAGUGGGGCCGGUGCUGAGGAGGUGAAUUUUGGGAUCACAGUUGAGGAUGGUGUGGACUGGGGCAUCAGCCUUGAGUCUGGGAAAGAGGAAACUGGUGAAGGUGGCAUUGACUGGGGAGAAUCUGAUACUGCUGCAGUGGAAAUCGAAGUUGUUGAUGCAGGCACCAACUGCCCUGAAGGUGUGGCCAGAGGUGAAGAUGCGCUUUCUCUGCUCGAGAGCCCAGAGACACGCAGCCAGUUUAUUGAUGAAUUGAUGGAGUUGGAGUUGUUCCUGUGCCAGAGGCUGAGUGAGAUGAGUGAGGAGGGGGAUAUGGUGGCCAUGAGCCAGUUCCAGCUGGCUCCCUCUGUCAUCCAGGCACAGACAACCCAGCGUGUGCAGGCCACACUGGCAGAUGUGCGCCGCCUCCUGGAAGGGCUGACCUCGCUUCGCAUGCAGCAUCUGUUCAUGAUCCAGGCGUCCCCACGCUAUGUGGAGCGUGUGUCUGACAUGCUGAGGCAGAAGAUGAAACAGGCUGAUAUCCUGGUGCUGAAAUCUGCUUCUAUGGCUGAGCGGAGACAGGAAGCUCUGGAGGAACAGGCCAGGCUGGAGCCUCGCAUCGACCUGUUGGCUGCUCGAACGAAAGAACUACAGAAAUUGAUUGAAGACGACAUUUCCAAACGAUACAACAAGCGUCCAGUCAACCUCAUGGGUGUUCAUGUGUAAAGUACCAGUUCUUCAACAGCAUCACUUUAUAAAUAAAUGUUUUAUUUCGUUUAA